UCAUCGUGGUUGCGGUCGUUAUUUUGAAACUGACAGAUUAUGUUGUUGUGUGUCAGUAAUUGCUGAUUUUUGUUUUGCACUUUUUAUUGGUGCUGUAAGCUAUGUCUACUCCUACCAAAGCAAGAGGGAAGCGCGCGCUCCCCAGUAUUCCUCUAAACAGAGCGGCCAGUUCUGAUGGCAUAGUUACUACGACGCCGAAAUCGUCAAAAGUUAUCUCCAAGAAAACAAAUUUGGACUCUGCACGCGUUGACGUGAUGAAGAACAGAAACUACACCUCACAGCAGAAGCAAAAGAAUGGCACGAUCAUGAAUUCGAAGGCACCAGCAACAGAGUUGAUUUCGAGAAGGAAGGAUCUUUCCUCAAGCGAGAGUGGUUCUAACACGAGCUCCCCCUUAAACUCCCCGCGAGCAACACGGAAGGCAACUGUAAGGCCGGUAGUGGCUGAGGUUAUUGAUAAGUUUUCCAGCAAAUCACAGACAAUUGAAGGGAACGAGAUCAAAGAAGAGACAUCAGGUUCGGAAAAAAAGAUCGCGCGUGUUUUGCCGAUGACACCGCAGUUUAUCGAAGAACACCUGAUUACAAAUACAGAGAGUGAACCUUCGUCGACUAAACCGUAUGACGAUUCUUCUCUGAUCAUCAACAAACUGCAAUCCACCUUGGGGUUGUUGAAAGGAAAUGAUGGAGUAAAGGGUUUUGAGGACAAAAUGGAUUCCGGUGUUCCGCCGGCUUUAAAACCACCCAUGUCAACAGCACCGCAACAAGUGUCUUCCGCUGGUGGCGAUGGGGAGGGUUCGAGUGUAAGGGUUGGGGUGAGAGUUCGACCUUUCUUACCAAGAGAAGAGAAAGACCCAAAUGUGAAGCUGUGUAUUUCUAUGAAGGAUCAUGAGACUGUUAUCACUUCAGAUGCUGGCAUGGAAUAUCAAUUUAAUUACGAUUACUCUAUUUGGUCAUUUGAUCCUAAAGACCCAAACUAUGUUGAUCAAGAGAAGCUUUAUAAGUUGAUGGGACAGCCUCUUCUCAACAGUGCUUUUGAGGGAUAUAACACCUGUCUGUUCGCCUAUGGCCAGACAGGAUCAGGGAAGUCUUAAAGGUAA